AUGUUAUUUCGAAUUGAUAUUCUGUUUUUCGUUUCUCUCAUAUUCUCAAUAUUCGCACAAAAUGAUCUUGACGAAGAGUUUGAUUCAUCAACCACACAAAAACCUCCUCCCGAUCCUUUCGAAGACAAUUCGGAUCAAGUCAGUCUCGCAAGCAAACUCGAUGAUCUCGAUCUUGAAUCACAAGAGCUCGUGAUUGAUUUCGUGAGAAAUGGAAGGAAACUCAAUGGAGACCUUCGUCGUCGAUUGGUGUUGUACGUCAUGAAGUUUUCACCAGUUCAGAAUGCUGUUGAAAUCUCGAAUAACGACGAAUAUGCGCGCAAAAUUGACAAAAUCAAAUAUCGAUUUCGUUCUGGUCUCAAAAUCAACUACACAUCUCUAAAAACGAACAUCGACAAACUCGUUGCUCAUCUUCUGGCGCCCAUAUUCGCUCCGUUCAUGUUAUUGGAACAAGACGAGAUCAGGCCAUUGUUAAGCAUCCAUCAGAACAAGUUAAACAAAAUCAAAUCCUCGGACCGAUUCGCCGAGCCAGUGACAGUGGCUCCACAGCAAAUCUCGAAUCAACAGAGCUCAUUCACCGCUCUCGAGCUGUUCCCAUCAAGUUUGCCGUACGACAAAUGGGCCCAAUUUGAUCCGAGAUGGAUGAAUCCGUCGCCAGUCCAGUUCUCCUUCCCUUCAUACUCACCGAAUUACCAACCAUUUCAAUACUAUCGACCAUAUUAUUUAAACUAA